CUGUUUUAAUUUUCAUUUCAGGUAAUGAGUCGACGCAGUCAAAGAAUAAUUCAGAGGUAAGAAAUCUGCUUUUACUCAAUAUGUAAGUGUUAGUUGAUAUGCAAAAUUGAGGAAUGUUUUGGACAUCUAUACGUUUGAUAAGACCAUUUUAGGAGUUAAUACUUUGAAUACCUAAUAUUUAGUGGUGGCUUAAUUUGUUAGUAACCAGAAGUUGUGUGGUCUUCUUGAACUGUAAUUUGUUUUUCAAUGUCCUGGGAAGUAACUGGAUGAUAAUGUAUCAUUUUACUAUCAGAAAAUUUGUUUGCCAACUCUUAAUGCGAUGAUAAUAAGUAACAAGUUUGCAAUGCUUUGCAUUUAUUAUUUCAGUUCAUGGCUAUUGUUGUUUCACCUUAUAACCAAUUGUUUAAUUUUCUUGUCAUAAUAUGGCAACCAAUAAAAAAAUUUUAGCAGAAGCUUUAUUAAUCUACCUAAGAAACUCUCCAUUUUUUGCUUGUUUCAGAGAUACAGCUAUAACCAAAUGCAGAAACAUUCCUGGUUUUGAUGAAUCCACCCCGAUCCAAAACAAUACUAUAUGCAUUGAAACAUCUGCACAAUCGUAUGACGCCGAGCCAAAGAAGGAAAAGAAAAUAGAAUCGAGUGAAACCUAUGCACUGGUGAACGUUGCAAAUGAUAUAUCGAACAAUGAUUCUGAUAUUACGCAUCCAGUAAAUGAAGCAGAAAAUUCAUUCAUCGAAAAUCUUGAAACACAUCAGUCGAACUCAAAGCCUAAAAAGAAGAUAAAAUCAAAGUCACGUGACUUAUCGGUGAACGUUGCAAAUGAUAUAUCGAACAAUGAUUCUGAUAUUACGCAUCCAGUAAAUGAAGCAGAAAAUUCAUUCAUCGAAAAUCUUGAAACACAUCAGUCGAACUCAAAGCCUAAAAAGAAGAUAAAAUCAAAGUCACGUGACUUAUCGUAAGUACAAACCUGCAACUUUGUUUUUUAUAAAAAUAGGAAUAAUUUUAAAUUAACUGUAAAGCUUGGAAUAAGUAUGCAAUUUUUCCCUGCCAGGAAAUGUGAUAGUUUCAAGAAUAUACAAUUUUUUUUCUCUUUUUUUUUAUUUCAACAAUGGGCAACCUUGACUUUUUGCCGAUGGAUUCGUUGGAACUCGGUUUCGGGUGUAUCUGAAUAGGAGGAAAACGAUAAGCUGAUAAAAAAUACAUAAAAGAACAGAAAAUACAUUCGGAAUGCUGUAACCUUUGAGACAGGUACACACCUACAUUAAAUUGUGCCAUGUCGAGGAAUUAUUUCUACCGGUUUUUGAAAAGAGUUGAUCCGUUUUCAGCAUUUGCGAACUGAAUUAGUUAGUGCUACGGAGAAAACUAUUUUCUCUUCGCUGCUACGACUCAUUGCUCCGGAGAGAAAUUUUUUCUUUUCGGAGCAAUUAUAGUCUUAGCAGUGGAGAGAAAAUAUUUUUCUCUUUGGCACUAACUAAUUGCCAUGGAAAGAAAACUUUCCUCUCCGGAGCAAUUAGUCUGUGGCAUUACGCAGCAAUUAGGCAUACGCAUUUCGGAGCUUAGCGAGAUUCGCAGGUCAAAAACCGAACGCGAGACUAAAAAUAGGGGAGACGGCGCUAUGCUUGGAGUAUGUCUACAGUUUUGCAGGCGCUUUGCACGAUCAUUUUCUUCACAAAGUUCAAUGUUUCGGAAAUGUACUUCCGGUAGAUGAGGUAGCUUUGUACUGAUCCGGUUACAAUAAUGGAGAACUUUUAGCACUCAUGGAAAGGCAAUUUUCAAGGAACGACUAUGAACACGCUCCUCAUUCUAACUUGUCGUCGCUUGGCUGACAUAAAGGCGUAACAACACUCCGCUUGCUACGGUUGCUUGGUUUCUCUCCGCUGCUACGACUCAUUGCUCCGGAGAGAAAAUUUUUCUUUUCGGAGCAAUUAUAGUCUUAGCAGUGGAGAGAAAAUAUUUUUCUCUUUGGCACUAAGUAAUUGCCAUGGAAA